AUGGAAAAUCAAGCGGAGAGUCUUCAUGAGAUCGUUCGCCUUCCUGUCAACCAGCAGUCAACUUCGCAGCUGGUCCCUUCCCGUGGGUCGAAAGAAAAGACCGGAUAUAAUGUGUCCUCUCCCCCAUUAGAGGAGACAUAUGCCAUCUCGACGCCUUCCAAUUACAGAGAACGAAAUUUCGAACUCCGAGGAGCUAGCGUCCAUGAGGUGUCUUCUUCGUCUGCUCAAUUGCCUCGCUCCGAUCAAGAGUCAAUCAGCAACCCACUUGCGUUGCUGGCUGACGCAUCAGAUGCUGCACGAUUGUUGGAAUGCUCCUCCUUGCCGACGCACACAUCCCAUGCAUUGGCUGAGGAUUUGAGUCCUACUCAGAGACCGGGUGAUAGGGUUACUGGGAGUCUUGGCAGUCGUCUACUUCAGCGGCCUGGGUAUAUCUCGCUCGGACUGCAGUUGAAUAGACGAUGUCUUGAAGAUGGGCUCGAUGCUCUAAUGUUACCUGUUCAGAGGGAACGACAAUAUCCAAAAUACUUCAAGGUGCCUACGUAUAACCAUCCUUGCGAUGUUGGCCCAGAUCUGGACCCGGUGGAUCUAGGACUGGUCACUAUGGAGGAGGCCAGCUAUCUUUUCCCAGUCUACUUCACUCAACUACACCCAAUAAACGGCAUCCUCGACCCAGUCCUUCACACGCCGCAGUUUGUGCGGUCGCGGUCUUCCUUGUUAUUCACGUGGAUACUAGCUCUCACAGCCCAGUUUGACCAUGGAUCCGCCUCGAUUGCCAAGCGACUACGUCUGCAUGGCGAAAAGCUUUCGAACUAUGUGCAUACGAGCGGUUUCAAAUCUGUGGAAAUCGUUCAGGGAUAUUACAUUUCCCUACUUUCCGCUACUCCCGCAAAGACCCUCGCAGAAGAGCGUUCUUGGCUUUAUACAAUGUACGCCAUCGGUGUGGCUAUGGAACUUGGGCUGGAUCAGGAUGCUCGACCCAAGGUGUCACUAAUCUCUAUGCCCACCUCUCCAAACCAGAAUAUGAGAUCGUCGGUGACCGCAUCGGGAUCUGAGAAGCUCAAAGGGCAUGAACUACUGGAAGGAUCGGCUGAAGCUUCUGCAUACAACCAGCGACUAAACCGUAACCGAGAACGAACAUGGCUCAGGAUUUUACUGUGGGAGCGAGCCAACAGUGCUGCCUAUGGUCGAACAAACAGCUUUCCAGAAACAGCUUUGACUAGGGGUAUUGAAAGCUGGUGGUUACACCCCUUGGCAGAUUCUGCUGAUCGGCAUACCUGUGCCUUUAUUGCAUUGAGAAAGAAACUCGCCUCCCUGCACGUUAAAUUGCGAGAUCAAGCACAAUUAGCAACGUCAAAUUCACAACGGAUUAAGGAGCUGGUUGAUACUUCUCUUCAGCCUUGGUGCAAUGUUUGGCUGCCCUACUCCGUCAACCUGCCGAGUUCCCAUUCUGAAAAGAUGUCGGAGAUCUUUCUUCGGUAUGUGUACCUGCAUGGAAGACUCUGGACAUUAUCAAUUGCACUCCAAGAUACCAUGUGUGGUGGUCUGAAUAUGGUUGCAAUUCGGGAAGACUGCUUCGAAGCUGCCGUCAAAAUCUGCGAAGUUGCUGUACAGGAUUUGCAAGCCUUUGGAGAACCUCUAUACGGAAUGUUGGCCCCAACAUGGGCAAUGAUAUGUUAUGCCGCCGUUCUGACUCUGAAGUUGUUCCCGACAAUAUACGGAGCCCGGCCCGAAUGUCAAGUUGAACUCUUUGCCUUGCUGGGCCAGGUUGCAUUGCAGCUUGAGCGCGCGGGUACAACUCCUUCACAUCGCUUCGGCAUUGCAGCGUUACUUGGACAGCACCUCAUGAUGAUCCUCAGAGCCAAAUCAUGGAAUUUGCAGGGACAAAUACAACCUAGCAUGCCGUACGGUCAAAGGAGCCACGACGCGCCGGGAAUUACAUCGCAGGAAGAGGGAGCAGACCAAGCAAGGCCAUGCGAGUCGUAUAUGUCGGAAUAUGAUCCCUUCCUGGCAGCCACUGAUAUAACCUUCGAUGAUGACCCCACAGAAGAAAUAUUUGCCGACAUGUUCAGAGAGAUUUUCGGUCCUGGAUUCGGUGGUGUCCUUUGA